CUGGGUUUUAAAAAUACCCCUAUUUUUAAUAGGGGUAUUGCCUCAGAUCCUACAAACAUCACAUAAAAGUAAUUUGAGGAUAUUGCCUUAACUGAUUCCCUAUGUAGAAUUUGCUACUGUGAAGAGAUAAUGCUUAUUAUAUCAAGCAAAUAUUCAAGUCAAUUGUGGCAGUUAUGUUUUGGGAGGUAAAGUUAAAAAUUGGCCUUUAUGUUGCUAAACUGAAUAUUUUUUGUUUUUUUUGUUUUUUUUAGUUUAGUUAGAGUGACUCAGCUCUACAGUGUUUGAAAAACCCUGUGUAAACUGACCAAACUGCGUCUUUGUAUAUGCAAAACAGAAGACUAGACUUUGGCCCCACAGUUAUCCAAGACAAUGGGCAGGGCUGCUGUAGUCCCAGUUGGAUCCUUUCUGUGGAAUAGCUAAUUUGUAAAUUUCCUCCAUUGUACAUGCAGACCUACUCAGGUCUGCCUGCAAAAGGAUCCACCAAAUCAACAAGCAUGAAUGAUGAAGACGGCAGCACCAUCUAUGACAGAAUCCAAAAAGAGAGGGCAUAUGAGGAUUCAGACCAGCCAGCAGAAGACAAAGGUCCCCUUUACAAUGAUGUCCAUGAAGACUUGAAGGCAGAAGCCAAUUUAUAUGCCACUGAGUUGGAAACCCAUGGGUACGGCUCUGCGGCCAUUUAUGCUGUUGUUGGUCAGGAGAGCACCUCAGCCUCUUUUCAACGAGAAACAGGAGAAUACCUCCUGCCUGAAAAAGUAUACCCUGAGGCUCAGCAUCCUCAACCUGGGGAGCCCCAGGAGAAUGGAAGUGAGAUGGAAGCAGAUCCGACUUCUCCUUCCAGCUUCACCAUCCAGCACAGCAGAGCCUUCUCCACCAGCGAGGACUCCCCUACCAGCUAUUCUGCUGAUGAUGUUUCAGAAGAAAAUGAAUCAGCUUCCACUAACCCUGAGGUUAACCUCUUUGUGAAGCACCAUCACCAUGAUCUGCUACCAUCACCAUCAACACCACCACCACCAAAACCAGCACUACCAACCAUUAAUUUCACCAAGAGCAUCAACACCAAGAUUGGCAUCCACACUACAAUUACUAUCAUCUUCACUACCAACACCAUCAACACCUUCACCAGCACCAGCACCAAUACCACCAUUACUAUAUUCCAUCACUGCUGUUACUAUUAA